AUGUCUCACGUCGAGACACAGCUUAAGGAUGUGGCCAUCCUCGGUUCUAUCAAUAAUGACGCUCGCAAGAUCCUGACCAAAGAAGCUUGUGCCUUCCUGGCUCUUCUACACCGCACCUUCAACACUACUCGCAAGUCUCUCCUCCAACGUCGUAUCGAUCGCCAAACCGAGAUUGACAAGGGCAACCUCCUCGAUUUUCUUCCCGAGACCAAGCAUAUCCGUGAAAAUGACGCCUGGAAGGGUGCUCCCCCAGCUCCUGGUCUGGUGGACCGCCGUGUGGAGAUCACUGGUCCUACCGACCGCAAGAUGGUGGUGAACGCCUUGAAUUCUGAUGUCUGGACCUACAUGGCCGAUUUCGAGGAUUCAAGUGCCCCCACCUGGGAUAACAUGGUCAAUGGUCAGGUCAACCUAUACGAUGCUAUUCGCCGACAGGUCGAUUUCAAGCAGGCUGGCAAGGAGUACAAGCUCCGAACCGAUCGCACCCUGCCCACUCUGAUUGCCCGUGCCCGUGGCUGGCACUUGGAUGAGAAGCACUUCACCGUGGAUGGUGAGGCCAUUUCCGGUGGUCUCUUCGAUUUCGGUCUGUACUUCUUCCACAACGCCAAGGAGCUGGUUGCCCGUGGUGCCGGACCUUACUUCUACCUGCCCAAGAUGGAGUCUCACCUUGAGGCCCGUCUCUGGAAUGACGUCUUCAACCUCUCCCAGGAUUAUAUUGGUCUUCCGCGUGGUACCAUUCGUGGAACCGUUCUGAUUGAGACCAUCACCGCCGCGUUCGAGAUGGAUGAGAUUAUCUACGAGCUCCGCGAUCACAGCUCCGGUCUCAACUGCGGCCGCUGGGAUUACAUCUUCUCCUUCAUCAAGAAGUUCCGCCAGCACCCCAACUUUGUCCUCCCCGACCGCUCUGAUGUCACUAUGACCGUGCCCUUCAUGGAUGCUUAUGUGAAGCUCCUCAUCAAGACCUGUCACCGCCGUGGUGUGCACGCCAUGGGCGGCAUGGCCGCACAGAUCCCCAUCAAGAACGACCCGGCCGCUAACGACAAGGCCAUGGAGAGUGUCCGCGCCGACAAGCUGCGCGAGGUGCGCGCUGGCCACGACGGUACCUGGGUGGCUCACCCAGCUCUGGCCGCCAUCGCCUCGGACGUCUUCAACAAGUACAUGCCAACUCCCAACCAGCUGUUUGUCCGCCGCGAGGAAGUGAACAUCACCGCCAACGAUCUUCUCAACACCAACGUUCCCGGCAAGAUCACCGAAGAGGGCAUCCGCAAAAAUUUGAACAUCGGCCUGAGCUACAUGGAAGGCUGGCUCCGCGGCGUGGGCUGCGUACCGAUCAACUUCCUCAUGGAAGACGCAGCAACGGCCGAAGUGUCCCGAAGCCAGCUGUGGCAAUGGACUAAGCACAACGUUACCACAGCCGAGGGCAAGCGGAUGGACAAGGCAUUUGCCCUCCGUCUGCUGCAAGAGCAGGCCGAUAGCCUUGCUGCCAAGGGCGGCAAGGGCAACAAGUUCCAGCUCGCUGCGCGAUACUUCGCGAACCAGGUUACUGGUGAGGACUAUGCGGAUUUCUUGACCAGUUUGCUGUACAAUGAGAUCUCCUCUGCUGGUAGCGCUGCUAAGCUUUGA